CCGGCCAUUUACUUUUUGCAGGCUUUACUGCCCUUGCUGGAGCUGUUACGUCUAGUUGUAGCUGUUGUCUAUCUGUUGAAGUGCUGUUGACGUGUCGCAGCGCUCGGGCUAGAAGGCCGCGUCGUGGUCUAGCCCCUGGGGAGGCUGCAGGUGCGCAAACAAAGCGUAGCUUUGCGAAAACACGGGCUACAACGAGCUACGCUAACACAGCAAUGGCAUCCAGACCGCUCUACGGCGGCGCAUGCCGGGCACAAAUCCCACAGGGCUGGGCGGACAUGUCGGACUCGCGACCCGUACCCGACACGCAAGAGGUAUUUAUGGCGCAAGACGGUUCGGGCGCGUCGCUGGUGUUUGAGAUCGUCGAGCGCGCCGACGUCGCCGACGACGGCGCCGCGCGCUACCAUUUCGACGACGUGGCCGACGCCGCGGCAGCCGUCGCGCGCGCGGUGGUCGCUACUGGAAGCGUUUCCGCGCCGACGGCUCCGGUCUGCGUCGUCGCGUUGGGCAACAUGACAAUGACCAAGGCCGAGAGCACCGACGGUGCGCACAGCGUCGACGUCGGUAUCGCCGCGUUCCGGUUUCCCGACGAGGCGACGGACGUGCUGUGUACGCUGAACGUGCCGGCGCUCGACGGGUCCCAGUUAAGGGAGGGCCCCCUCGACCUCGCCGUGGCACCGGGCAUGAGGCCACUCGCCGACGUCGUCGCCUCACUCGUCGUCGACCGCGGAUUGUUCGGCGGCGAGUAAUGUCUAUCCUAUGUCUUUACCCGGCGCCGGCGCCGUCGUCGCCGUGUCGAAGCACCCCUCGCGCUUGAAGUAGGCCCGGAGCUUGGACCGCGUCGAGCGGCGCUGCGCCAUGCGGAGCCAGUCGAGCUGCGGCCGCGCGUCCUCCGACGUUUUGAUCGACACGACGUCGCCGUUGUGGAGCUCGUAGCUGAGCUGGACCUCGUGGCCGUUGAUGAGCGCCCGGUCGAGGUGGAGGCCCACGUCCGUGUGUAUGCUAAAGGCCGCGUCGAGCACCGUCGCGCCCUUGCUCAGGUCGAGGAUGCGCCCGUCCCUCAAGAAGACGAAGACGCGCUUGCCGAGGACCUCUCCUGCGUAGACAGCGACGGGAUCAACGGCUCACUCGCAUCGAUGGCGUGGAGACGGACCCGAG